AUGCCAUCUAGCAUUGUCGAUGUAUCACACAUAUAUGUUUCAAUUUCAGGUGCUCAUACAAUUGGUAGAUCUCAAUGUAGAUUUUUUGCUCACCGAAUAUACAAUUUCAGUGGCAAUGGCAACAGUGACCCAACUCUCAACACUACCCUCUCACAAGCACUACGAGCAAUAUGUCCCAAUGGUGGACCUGGAACCAAUCUCACCAAUUUGGACUUAACUACUCCUGAUAGAUUUGACUCCAACUACUACUCAAAUCUUCAACUUCAAAAUGGCUUGCUUCGGAGUGAUCAAGUGUUAUUUUCUACAAGUGGUGCAGAGACCAUUGCCAUUGUCAAUAGUUUCGGUAGUAAUCAAACUCUUUUCUAUGAACAUUUUAAGGUGUCAAUGAUAAAAAUGAGCAUCAUUGAAGUGCUAACGGGGUCACAAGGAGAAAUUCGAAAACAUUGUAACUUUGUCAAUGGGGAUUCUUCUAAUCUGGCUACUCUAGCCACCAAAAAAUCUUCAGAGGAUGGUAUGGUGAGCUCAAUCUAG